AUGGCUUACGAACACGUAAAUCCAGAAGUAGAAUUGAAGGUGAAGGAGGAAGAUUUAGAAAUUACUGAGGAGUUUAUUGAACCAAACGGAAAUAUUAUUGCAAGAGAAACUGGCAGAACAUAUUACGAGGCCAAUAAUAUGAAACUGGAAAGUGAUGUUGGAGAGAAAGAUAGAAAUGAAACUCAGGAAAAAUUCGAGUGUUGUUUGUGUGAAUUUUCGACAAUCUGGAUAGGCAAUUUCAGGAGCCAUGUGAACAUUGUGCAUUUUAACAAAAAAGAUUUCAAAUGCCGCCUUUGUGACUAUAUAUCAAGUUAUAGUAAUACUGUUUUACAACAUAUGAGUGAUGUACAUUUCAAAUUGAAAAAAUUCCAAUGCCAUCUUUGUGAAUAUUCGACGAGUCGAAAAACUAAUUUGAAACGUCACAUAACAACUGUACAUUUGAAUUUGAAGAAAUUUAAAUGUGAAGAAUGUGCUUAUGCCACAAAUUUGAGUAGUUCGUUGAAAUAUCACAUACAGAAAGUACAUUCAGAUACGGAAACAUAUCCAAAACCUAGAAACUACAAAUGUAAUGUAUGUGAAUUGUCUACAACUUCAAAAAAAGAUUUGAACAAACAUAUCAAAAGUGUUCAUUUGAAGAUUAAAGACUAUCAAUGUGAUAUAUGUGAAUAUAAGGCGAGCAGAAAAACUCAUUUAAAAAGUCAUAUGGAAAAUAUUCAUUCGACUAAAAAGUGCAAAUUAUGCGAUUUCAGUACAACUGAGCAAUGGACUUUAAGAAGACAUGUGAAAGACUUACAUCCAGAAAAACUAGAAGAAUACAAAUUUGGGUUCUGGAACGACAGUCUAAGAUAUGAGCUUUUGACAAAUGAUUUGUUGGUCGUCAUAGAGCCAAGUACGAGUAACCAAACUUUGUCAGAGGCCAACAAAUUCAAGAGAAGUAAUUGGGUACGAGACAUUAUCAUAAACAGAAUUGACGAGAAUUAUUACAAGAAAAUUAUCAAUAUCCGAGACCCUGUUGAGAUCUCAUCUCUUGAGAUGAGAUCUGCAUUUUAUCAGGCUGUAUCACGAGUCAUACCCGAGUUACGAAAUGCAGAUCUGAUCAAGAGACAGACCUCAAACCAAAUAAUGAUUAUAGUCGAGAUCAAGACCUUCAUCUCUCGAUUAGAGGCUGAGAAGAGGUCUGAAAUUAAAGAGGAGACUGCUCUCGGGGGAUUAGUCGACCCCAGCCAUGCCAAGCUGCACGUGGGCCUUCAUAUGGACCAAAUAGAAGCAAAAAUUAAAGAAGGGCCUAGCAAUAGCCCUAAUGUACUAAUGGAGGAAGAACAAAGCCUCGCUCAGCCUGAGAAACAGGGCGCAAGUCCUGGCCCCAUGGCGAAGGAAAUGAUGCUGAAGAGCAGCGAUGAAGAGAAAGAGGAUGAAGUUCUUCAUAAAGAAAGGGACGAUGCCAGGAAAGAAGCCUCCAAACCAAUUGGUCCAAGCCAGACAACAGGUUGCGCGACCAAGAGAACUAGGUCGGAGGACAGCACACCUAAAGGCAAGAAGCCUAAGAGUGCCAAAUAUGAGGCUUCAAAAGCCGCACGGUCUUCAGGAGUUACCGGGGCUCAGGCCUCGGGUGCCUACAAAGUUCAAUCCUCGGGAGCUUCCAGGGCUCAGCCCUCGAGAACACCCAAGGUUCCUGCACCAGGUGGGCCCACCUACAGCCAGGUUACCGCUGGUCUGAAGGUGGGGAUAAUGUAUAAAAAGUUUCCAGAGGUGAUUUUGGAAAUGGACCAACUGAAGGCCAUCAAAAAAUUCCUGAUCAUAACGCCUAAGUUCCAGCAACUGCACAUGAGGCCAAGCUGGCUUGAGCUGACAUGCUCUGACAAAGCCACUGAGGGAUCUGACCUGAGGAUAGCCGAAGAGGCAGAACUGCCUCACCCAGAGAUCCUGGUCGGCUAUCUCCCCGACAGUCAUGAUCUCUCCACCGAGGAAAUUCUCAAGGUGGUUGAGAAUCAGAAUGCAGGGCUCAAAACCUCCAGCUGGAGAGUCUUUCUAAGGGGACCAUCAGGACCCAUGCUCGAGAUUGUCAUCUCGAGCUGA